UAACCAAAUAAGAAGGAUGAAUAUUUUAGUGAUCCCAUUGACAACUAUCAUAUGCUUUGAAUAUUGUUUGGCAUCAAAUAUUCACUUGGAAAACAUUAACACAAACAAGGGUCAGUUUACCUCACCUGGAUACCCCGCCAACUAUCCGGACAACACAAACUACACUUGGAUAAUAAGGACUGGGCACACUGCAGCUAACGUUACAUUUAGAAUUCAUGACAUGAAUAUUAGAAACACAAAUCCUUGUGACGACUAUCUCGAGAUUAAGGAGGUCGAGCCAUGCUGCUUUACCGUAUUUAAAAGAUGUGGUGAAUUAAAGGACAUGGCCGUUUACACAAGAGGGAAUCAAAUAAGAGUAUCGUUUAUUUCUGACAGAAUUCUGAAUGCAAAAGGAUUUAAUCUUUCCUGGACAGUCGCUUUGCAACCAACAACACCACGGCUAAAAGUUACCACGAUUAGGACAACAACCCCUUCAAAGACGUCAGUUAGAAUAUAUCCUUCUAAAUCCACAAGAAAAUUGACAACUAAUACUACAUCAAGAACUGCUUCAACAGCAAAAAAACUGACAACCAUUUCUACAACAACAACAAUGAUGACAACAACUCCCAGAACUUCUACAACAACAACAACAGCAAAGAUGACAAUCACAACAAAGUUGAAAACCCCUUCAACUAAAAAAUUGAUGAGAACUUCUACAACAAAAUCUUUCUCAACGACAUUACAGAUGACAACAUCUCCAACGGAAGAGAAAACAUAUGAUAUAACAACAAUAAAGACAACACUGUCAUCUAGCCACUUGUCAGGAACAUUUAUAUUUGGAAGCUCAACAUUGCCGGACAAAAAAUCAGCAUAUACUUUACAUGCUAAAUUUGGAAUUGCAUUAUCCCCCAAAACAGUCACAAAUGCUUGGGCAUCCUAUGGUGUGACUGAGAAACCUGAAGUCAGAGCGGAAUCUGGUGUAACGGCGACGCAAGCACUCACAAGUAUUCCGAUUAUUGAAAAUUCAGCAACAUUAGGCAUAACCUCGGAAGAUGAUUCUUCAAAUAAAACAUUUCUUGACAGUUACAUGCAUAUAAUUAUUGGUGUAUGUGCUUUUGAGGUCAUAUUGGUAAUUAUCGGAGUGGUUGUGGGAAAGAGAUUUUGUUCACGUGCGUCAAAAAAAUCUCCUUUACCAGGAACGGCUGUAACUGAUGGAUUAAACGCUACAUCGAUGGAAAAGUGCGCUCACAAUGUCUACGAAUCGAUUCCUCUGGAACAUUUCAAUUCAAGUGACGCCAACGAAUUUGACGAAGGUGUUUAUGUAGAAUAUCCUGAUAAUGUCUAUGACCGCUCAUUUGUUCGUAGAACACACGCCUUCCGAAACAAUGUGUACGAGACAAAUGAAGCCAUCUACAACGUGUCUUUUUCAAAGCAAAACCAUGACAUUUUACAAGGUUCAAAUAUUUAUCAACCAUGUGAAUUGACAACAUUCCUGAAACAAGAAGAAAAUUGUGAACAGAAAUGCUAAAGUUUUGGAGAAAAAAGAAAAUAAAGGUUAUGAAAACAUAAGAUUUUAAACAAAGCAGUUUAGUGCAUUUUUGCGCCUGGAAAAAAUAAAAUUCAAGGUUUUAUAUUUACAGCUUUGUAUUUAAAAACUGUUUUCUCUAAAUGGAGUCA